AUGGCAGAAUCGUUGUCGGAUACUGGGAAGGCUUUAAGUGCUAAUGUAGCGUGGGACGCUCUUAGUGGUGAAUUUUCGAUCAACAUCUCCACUGGCAAUGUACAAGUAGCACGAGACUUGUGCAAAACUAUAACUAAAGUAGGGGAAGUAACACGAGACGUAGCACGAGACUUGUGCAUUACUGCAGUCUCCCUAGGUGCUCUCUACCUUGGUUAUAAAUUAGUAAAACCACUAAUCGAGACUGCGGUUAAAAGAGGUCUUGGUGAUGAACGAGAUGACCAAGAGGUUCGAGGUAUCCGACCAGGAUCUUUGCAUGUUCUAUUACAUUGUUUUACAGACGAGAGAUUUCUGGAUGUCUUAGCAGAUUAUGAAUCGGGAAAAAUGAAAGAACGCUUGCAGGAAGAGUUAUUACAGAUUGGAAUUAAAGUAGAAGGAUUGAAUGUGGAAAUUGAAAACAUGAUAGAGGUGAACGAAACAAAGGAAGCCAUAAACAAGAGGUAUAUGAUAGAUGUUUUAUAAAAAAUAUAACUAGUGCUGCCUGCGUUUUUAAUUUCAAAUACGAGACUUCUAACUAGCUUUCAUCCUAUAGCUAAACAUCAUCGUUCUCAGGCCCACACGAUGUAAUUUUUUCUUGAGGAUAUAAACAAAUGUACAGUUUAUGGGAAUGCUAACAUUGUUGUAUAAAAAGGGUAAUGUCUUUUUCUAUCUGAAAAGAAUAAUUGUUGGAAAAAAUUUGCAUUGGCAUUUUUUAACGCAGAUCUCAUAUCAACAAGGAUCUUUGUGAGGACGUAAAAAAUAUUGUAACAGAUGAUGCGGAGAGUGAUUUGGAGAUAAAUGUGCAGGUAAGUAUAAAAAUUUAAACUAUAAAUAAAAAUCUCGCUCGUGUAACGGUAUACGAUUUUCUCGAUCGACAACGAACCGUCUCACCUGCAAUUUGUCUUAAAAUGGUUGUAUGAAACAAAAAUUUACCCUAUGGACUGUUGGUGUGCCUAAAAUGAAUAAAAAAUGGCAGUUACAGAUUUACAGUUUAUUCAAUUGUUAUCAUGUUUCCGUUAUGACAAGGUGUUUUCUGAGCCGAGUCACUGACCAUGUUUAACGCAUCAAGUUGCAUUGCGCUCUAGAGAGGCCUGUGGAGGAGGCUACAGUGUGCUCGAAUGCGCCUGAUACAUUAUUAUUUUACUCUGUCUAUACGAUAGACGAUUUUUCUCGUCAAGAGGAGAGCGUUGGCGUUCAGUGAACUGGUUAUAAUCAGACUAUAUGCCAAUGUAACUAGUUAUAAGUCAUUAAGGUUAUAGGACACCCUUUUUGGCGUUUUGCGGAAAAUCGCUACUGUGCGCUCAAAAUCAGUCCGACUUUCAUCAAAUUUUUACCAAAUGUUCGCCAGUGCAUGCAAAAUAUGGUAAAGUUAUAAAAUUAACAAACAAUAAAAUAAUGUAAGAAUUAUUCAGGAAAAUCUUAAAUCGCGGUACCGUUACGCUUUUGAGUUAUGCUCCUGCUGGUUUUAAGUUAUAUUUAUGAAAAUAUCAUUUUUAAACAGUAAAAUAGUUGUUCUAAAAAAUUGUGUUCGGAAAUUUUUGUUUAUUUCGUCAUUCCGCUGAUAUGGCGAUUUCUUUGACGACUGCAAUAUAUUUCUGAAUUGUUUGAGUGAAUUUCUCUUUAUUAUUAAAAUAUCCAAAAUUAGAACAAAACCGAACAUUAUUUUGAAACUGACGUCGUUAGCUAUGUCCUGUGAAAAUUUGAGAGAAAUUCGUUAAAACCCGCAGGAGCACAACUCGUUUGAAAAUCAGUAAUUGCCGUAAAAUUCUUCGGGAGAAAAUUGAAUUUGAAUAUUACAUUUUCAAUGUUUUUCUUAUUGCAGCGAAAUGUAUUUUAUUAAAUAACUCUGCGAGUUUUCAACAUUUUUCGUUCAAACUUGGUCAGGUAGUAGAACUAGUCUAAUGCUUUCAUGGAAACCAAUAAAAAAAAUUUAGGCAAAAUUAACACUCAAAGGUGUUCUGUAACCUUAAGUUGCAUUGCGUCGUAAUGCGCCAUACUUUAUUACUUUAUUACUUUACGAUUUUAAUUUUAAUGGAAAGCGUAAACAAGGCGAAAGAAAUGGUCAGUUUAUGUGGUUUAAUUCGAAACACAACAUCAAAUGCCACGGUUGACAAAACAUAUAACGGUUUCCGUCGCAUAAUUGAUACAAACUGACUUCCGGAAAUCACUUUGAGUAAUAUUCAGAAGCAUUAAAUCCAAAGAAUUAAACUCGACGGAAAAUUCGGCGUCUAAACUAGACCUAAGAUGGAAUAUAGCAGUAAUUGGAAUUAAAAAAGUCUUGAUAUUUACAUACGGUAAAAAAGCGAUAUUUCAUAUUCCCUUCAGUUCUCAUCAGUUCUAACUAAUUAAUUAACUUAAUUAGACAGUAAUUCCUGCGAUUUCCAUUUAUUACUAUAAUUCGUGCAGGGGCAGCGCUAGACGUCUUCGAACAGGGGGAGAGGGAGGGGUGUAAGGAAAUUUUGCCGAGUCAUUCUACCUAUCCAAUUCAUGUUUUCCCGACUACGAAAACAAUUUGCCGACUCGGGUGCAAUAAUUUGCCGAUUACCCAACGACUGCGGCAUGAACACCCCCCCCACACACACACACACACACACACACACACACACACACACACACACACACACACACACACACACACACACACACACACACACACACAUACACACACACACACACACACACACACACACACACACACACACACACACACACACACACACACACACACACAUACAACAUCUCCUAUAGCGCCAUCCCUGAGUUCGUAUAAAUGUAUAAUUAUGGACUUUUGACUGAUAAGUAAAACAAGACCAGGUAUAUCGCACAAGGUACAUUACUGCACGAACGGAUAGAGUACUGAUAUGUAGGCUAGUAACUAAUGUUUUGCGAAGACAACGAUUUAAACAAUUGAACAAUACGUGCAUCUGAAAGAUUCAGUUAAUUCGGUUGAAUUAUUUCCAAGAUAUCAGAUGUUCCCGUUUUGGUAAUCGUCUCAACAAGUUUUUAGCGGGCCUGUUUACACUUGCAAUAUUUGCUGCGAUUUCCUACUUCUGAUGGAUGUGAACGAGUGGAAGAAUUAUGAAUGUUGAGAUGAGGGUACAUAUACUCGGAGCAUCAGAAGACCAAAAUCGCAGCUAAAAUCAUAAUAAAAAUAAUGUAAACAGACCUUUUGAAUACAUCAAUCUUUGAAUGUUUGCGUGGUGAUGAAGGUACCACAAGUCCUAAAAAUUUUUUAAUAAAGUUUAUUGCUCGCCGUCAAUUGAGUGUCUUGUCAAUUGUCGUCAAAUUUCGUUAAAAAAAUUUAAACGAAAAUUAAAAUAAAAAGAUUAGCUCCCUUCUUAAAUACGAAGCCACUAGCCUCAUAAAUUCAUAGUUGUCAUUCUCAAGUUGUAGGAUUCCAAUGUCCAAUAGCAUUUUUGGCAAACGAAAUCCUUUCAGACGAUAAUAUAACUUACCCAACCAUGCUACCUUCUGUUAUUAGAGUGAAAAAGAAGAGAAAAUGAAAAACAACGAUUCACAAUUGGCUGCGAAACAAAAAGCUCUUGAAAGAAUUUUAAAUAUUCGUGGAGAAGAUCAUUCAGACACUGCUCGAAGUUAUUACAGUAUUGGUUUAACACAACAUAAGAUGAAAGAUUACAACUCGGCGUUGGAGUCCCAUCAACAUGCUCUUCAAAUCAGAUUAAAAUUGUUUGGAGAAGACCAUUCUGACACUGCUAGCAGCUAUCACUGCAUUGCUGUCGCACAACAUGAGAUGAAAGAUUACAAGACAGCGUUGGAAUCACAUCAACAUGCUCUUCAAAUAAGAUUAAAACUGUUGAGCCAAGACCAUUCUAGCAUUGCUCGAAGUUAUUAUAACAUUGGAAACACACAAUAUGAGAUGAAAGAUUACAAGUCAGCGUUGGAGUCACAUCAACAUGCUCUUCAAAUCAGAUUGAAACUGUUUGGACAAGACGAUUCUGACACUGCUCUAAGUUAUUACAACAUUGGAAACACACAAUAUGAGAUGAAAGAUUACAAGUCAGCGUUGGAGUCACAUCAACAUGCUCUUCAAAUCAGAUUGAAACUGUUUGGACAAGACGAUUCUGACACUGCUCUAAGUUAUUACAACAUUGGAAACACACAAUAUGAGAUGAAAGAUUACAAGUCAGCGUUGGAGUCACAUCAACAUGCUCUUCAAAUCAGAUUGAAACUGUUUGGACAAGACGAUUCUGACACUGCUCUAAGUUAUUACAACAUUGGAAACACACAAUAUGAGAUGAAAGAUUACAAGUCAGCGUUGGAGUCACAUCAACAUGCUCUUCAAAUCAGAUUGAAACUGUUUGGACAAGACGAUUCUGACACUGCUCUAAGUUAUUACAACAUUGGAAACACACAAUAUGAGAUGAAAGAUUACAAGUCAGCGUUGGAGUCACAUCAACAUGCUCUUCAAAUCAGAUUGAAACUGUUUGGACAAGACGAUUCUGACACUGCUCUAAGUUAUUACAACAUUGGAAACACACAAUAUGAGAUGAAAGAUUACAAGUCAGCGUUGGAGUCACAUCAACAUGCUCUUCAAAUCAGAUUGAAACUGUUUGGACAAGACGAUUCUGACACUGCUCUAAGUUAUUACAACAUUGGAAACACACAAUAUGAGAUGAAAGAUUACAAGUCAGCGUUGGA